GAGUCUGUGUGCGUGUCGCGGUGGCUGAUGGGAUAUCCGCGAGGGGCAACAACAUCCGAGCUAAUCUAAAAAAGAGUAAUAUUGGCGUCAUUUAUUUAGUCGUUUGAGGUUAGAACAAUAGAUUUUCGUCUUGAUAUAUUUUAAAGCGUACGGUGGGAUUUAUUUCCUCCUACUGCAGGUAACCGAAGAUGACCACCGCAGCAAGGCCAACGUUUGAGCCUGCACGAGGAGGACGGGGCAAAGGAGAGGGUGAUCUGAGUGCUCUGUCCAAACAGUACUCCAGCAGGGACCUACCAGGACACACUAAGAUCAAAUACAGGCAGCCCACUCAGGAUGCUCCCGAUGAGGUGAGAGCCCGUGAUUUCAGACGCGAGCUGGAGGAGAGAGAAAGAGCUGCUGUCAAGGGCAGAGACCGAGGAGCGAGAGAACACACAACUUCCUCAUCUUCAUCUUCUUCAUCCUCCUCCUCCAAGCGGCCACGUCUGGAUCAGAUUCCUGCUGCCAAUCUGGAUGCGGAUGAUCCCCUCACUGACGAUGAAGACGACUCUGGCUCCGAUUCUGACAGUGAUGAUGACACUGCCGCACUCCUGGCCGAACUGGAGAAGAUCAAAAAGGAGCGAGCUGAGGAGCAGGAGAGAAAGGAAAGGGAACAGAAGGCAGAGGAGGAGAGAAUACGUAUGGAGAAUAUUCUGAGUGGGAAUCCUCUGCUUAAUUUGGCUGGCCAGCAGCAGCAACAGCAGCAGCAACAACAACAACAAACACAAAUCAAGAACACGUUCAGUGUGAAAAGAAGGUGGGAUGAUGACGUUGUGUUUAAGAACUGUGCUAAAGGAGUGGAUGAAUCUCGAAAAGAGAAGCGCUUUGUUAACGACACCCUGCGCUCUGAAUUCCACAAGAAAUUCAUGGAGAAAUAUGUUAAAUAAAAGAUAUCCUGUGUUGGAAUUGUAUUUCAGCCAUUUUUUAAGAACUUUUGUUUCCUCUUUAGUAAAUAUGUGCUUUAUUUUAAAUUGUGGCGUUUCUGUUCUGCUGUUAAUUAGUUGAAUUGGAAAUAGUAUCAAUAAAUGGAAUAAAAAACUGCUGUACUU